AAUUUUUGUUCAUUGUUAUUAUGUUAUUACAGAAAAUGGUAGUCAGAACAAAGAGUGUGGAGUACAUGCCGUUUUUCCUCUCCUUCUUCCUCAUGCUUAAUGGUGGCAUUUGGACGCUAUAUGCUUUGCUGGACUCUGAUUUCUUUUUGGGGAUAUCCAAUGGAAUAGGAUUCAUCUUGGGAAUCAUUCAGCUCACACUGUACAUAAUUUACAUGAAUCCUAAGGUGCCCAAACAUCUGAACAUUGCAGUUGAAGAACACUCGCAGCAGCACCAGCGGCUCAUCUUCCCCAACAUAGACGCUCACAAAAGCACUGACGAUGAGGAACGAGGCACCUCCCCUAAUGAAUAAGCAAUUAGGGCAUACUAAUUCCUCUAUCCAGAUAGAAAUUUGCGCUGCUCUCUGUCUGAAGUCGAGCUAUAGUAUAUACAUUGAUGCAUUUUUAUUUUUAUUUUUGUCCGAAGAUGGCUUUGAUUUGGGCAACUUUCUUAUUGUUUUUUAGAACAGUUUUUUUUGUGCAAAAUCUAUUUGAAAAAGGAAUUUUUAUAUUAAAAAAUUGUUUUAGAAAGCAAUGAGAAAGCCUAAUUCAUUACGUUCUUGAACUCAUAAAAUAUAUACACAUGUAAUAUGAUAAUUGUUUAAGAAUAUAUAUUGUUAAGAGCUCUGAAGACUUUAAUUGCAAAA